AUGGCGUACGACAAAUCUAAAGAAAUGGAACAGCAGGCAUGGGUUGCUGAAAAAUACAAUAACAGACCUGCUUUGGCUGCAUUAACAGGUUUAAUUGCUUCUUUCCCCAUUCCAAAAGUUUUUGCAUCCAAUGCCGUCCCAUUGCUCAUGUGGAGAGAAAAACGUCAAGAAAGAAGAGUUUUAUCUAGAAUGGGAAAAAGUGGUAAUUAG